AUGGAGGUUGUGACGGGGGUACUGACGGGGCUUGUCUUCAAGCUUGGUAAACUGAUGGUUGGCGAGUACAAUCUGCAGAAGGGAGUGAAGGGGGAGAUCAUGUUCCUCCAACCUGAGCUCCAGAGCAUGCAGGCCGCACUCAAGGAGAUAUCCAGAUCUCCGUCAGACCAGCUUGACCGCCAGGACAGGAUCUGGGCCAGCGAGGUGCGCGAGCUGUCCUACGACAUUGAGGACAGCAUCGACACAUUCAUGGUGCGCUGCGAGGGCGGUCAGCUCGCAGCGCCGGACGGCAUGAGAGGGCUCAUUGAUAGGAGCCUUGAUCUGCUGACAAGGUUCCGUGUUCGCCGUCAGGUUGCAAUGGACAUUAGAGGCAUCAAGAGGCGUGUCAUAGAGGUGCGCGAGCGGCGGGAGGUGUACAAGAUUGACGGUCUUGGAGCUAGGCCUGAUGCUGUUGAUCCUCGGUUGUUGGCUCAUUACACAAAGGUGACAGAGCUCGUUGGCAUCGAUGACGCUAGAGAUGAGCUAAUCAAGGUUCUGACUGAUGGGAGCGAAGCGUCCAAGCAGCAUGGCAGGGUAAUUUCCAUUGUUGGGUGUAGAGGCCUGGGAAAGACAACUCUUGCUAAUGUUGUGUACCUGAAGAUUAGAGCACAAUUCGAUUGCUGGGCUUUUGUUUCAGUGUCUCAAACUCCUGACAUGAGGAGAUUAUUGAGGGGUAUACUCUCUGAACUUGGCAAGGACAUCAACGAAGAAACACUGGAUGUGAAGCACUUCAUUGAUGCAAUCAGGAAAUUCCUUCAGGCAAAGAGGUACUGCAUUGUUAUUGAUGACAUAUGGGAUAUCUCAGUUUGGAAUAUGAUUAAAUGUGCUUUGCCUGGUGGACAUGUAAUUAUCACAACUACCCGUAAUUUCAAGAAAUGUGCCGGUGUACCUUUAGCUAUCAUUACGAUAGCUAGUUUGUUGGCUAAUAAAGCAAGAGACAAAAUGGAGUGGCUCGAGGUGUACAACUCUAUUGGUACUGGACUCGAGGAUAGUACAGAUGUAGAGAAUAUGAGAAAGAUUUUGGCAUAUAGCUACUAUGAUCUGAAAUACCAUCUGCGGAUUUGCUUACUAUAUUUAAGUAUGUUUCCAGAAGAUACCGCAAUUACAAAAAAUCAUUUGAUAUGGAUGUGGAUAGCUGAAGGUUUUGUACAAUGUGAACAACAAGGGAAGAGCUUAUUUGAACUUGGAGAGUGUUACUUCAAUGAGCUCAUAAACACAAGUAUGAUCCAGCCUGUGUAUGACAGGCAUGAGGCCAUGAUAGAACAUUGCCGUGUACAUGAAAGUUAUCCGUUCCCUGUCAAGUUGUCACUUCAGAACAGCAUGGUACACCAUGAUAGCACAUUCCCUAGUAUGAGCAUGCUACAAGUGAGGUAUUUGGGACUUGAAAGGACAUAUAGUAAUGAGCUCCCAGAUGAAAUAGGAAACCUGCGUUAUCUACAAACAUUGGACAUAAAGGGAAGUAAUAUUGGUAGCCUGCCAACAACUGUUGUUCAGCUAAGACAUUUGAUGUGUCUUUGUGUCGACCAAAAUACAAGAGUGCCAAAUGGGAUUGGGAGCCUAACAACACUUGAAGAGCUCUCAACGUUAUACCUCUGCGACGAAUCCACGGAUAUCACAGAAGAGCUGUGCCAUCUAACUGAACUGAGGGAGCUAGAACUUUUCUUCUGGAACAACACCUUGGAGAAAUCUUUGGUGGCGUGCCUAUGCAAGUUGAGAAAAAUAAAGAUUCUAGUUAUCUGGGCCUCUGGUGGUGAAUACAAUUUUGAUGCAUGGGUUGCUCCUCGACAUGUCCGUAGAUUGCAGAUACAAUCCUGCUGGUUCUCAAGGCUGCCAGAUUGGAUGACUCCUUCCCUUCUGUGCCUCUCCUCCCCGUGGAUCAACGUGAGGGAGCUGCACCAGGAGGACCUAGAAAUUCUUGGGAGGUUGCCAGCACUUCAUCAUCUGUAUCUGAUGUUGGACCAUGAGAAACUCAAAAUCCCUCGGAGAUUCGUCGUUGGUGCUUGUUUGUUCCCAUGCCUGGUAGAUUGCAGGCUGAUGGGAUUUAUGGGAGCUGUGUUCUUCCAUCAAGGAGCUAUGAUGAGGCUCAAAAACCUUGCCUUCACUUUGUAUGCAAAGGAUGUGAGAGAAAUUGCGAGCAGCGAUGGUAGUUGUUUCGACUUGGGCUUAGGCAACCUGCUGUCACUGAAGGAUGUCAUUGUUUACCUCCGAUCCAGAGGCGCCGGCGAGAUGGAAGUGGAGGAGGCCAAGGCUGCACUGGCCCAUGUGCUUGAGAUUCAUCCCAACCAUCUCGACUAUUACAUAUGGGGUUGA